AGGAAGUAGUAAUUGUGAUUCCUUGGCACUUGACGUCGUAGCUGCGGCUCGCACACCUCGCCGAGCACGACGCACGUGCGGCGAUCCAACGAUGACCUUAAACGACAGCAAAAGGUUCGCCACUUCCUCGACGACUUCAGUCUGACUUUUAUUUCCUUUUGUGGCGCCAUGAAGAAGCACCACAGUCCCACCAAGCAGCAGCAGCCGGCGGCGGCGGCGGUGGCGACGGCGACUCAGGGCGGCGAGGUGACCGUCGAGCAACUCAACGAGCUCCUGUCGAACGGCAGCGGCUUCUACAGCCUCCCGACGCAGCACUUCAACGAGGUCUUCCCGAGGAUCUACAUCGGCAACGCGUUUGUGGCCCAGAAUACAAUGCGGCUGCAGAAGCUGGGUGUCACGCAUGUGCUCAACAUGGCGGAGGGCACCUCCUUCAUGCACGUCAACACCAGCGGCGACUUCUACGCCGGCACGGGCAUCGUCUACCAUGGCAUCAAGGCCAACGACACGGAGCAGUUCGACCUCAGUGCCUUCUUCGAGGAGGGCGCCGGUUUCAUCGACAAGGCCCUCGCGCACAACAACGGCAAAGAUGAUGUUUGGAACCAGCUGAAGGAAGAAGCAAAAUUGCGUUCAGACCAGCUCCUAACCACUGUGCUGCGAGAAAUCAUCGGUUGUACUGCAGGAAAUGAUCCAAUCUCACCCAACGGGUCCAAAAUUUGCUACAGCACACCCGCAAACCAAGUGUACGUGCACUGCAGGGAAGGCUAUAGCCGCUCGCCCACCAUGGUGGUGGCUUACCUCAUGCUGCGCCACAAAAUGGACGCCCGGCAGGCGGUGGCCACCGUGCGGCAAAAGAGGGAGAUCGGCCCCAACGACGGCUUCCUGCGCCUGCUGUGCCAACUCAACGAGAAACUGGCCCGCGAGGGACGGCUGAACGGCGAGAUGUCAAAGAAAAGAAAAGAAAAGAGAGACCAGAAGAAGAGCCGCUGUGCCCAGACUUUGAUGGACUUUGAUGCGAUGACGCAACAGCGUGGACCACCAAAAGGAAAAACAUUCAACAUCAUGAAGUCUGAGGCUGAGCUUCAGGCCCUCCCUCUCUAUCUACGUCACCGCCUAAUUGGCAGCCUCCCGCCAGAGACUUUAAAAAGCGUGAGCGAGUCUCUUGGCCCUCCACAAGAAGCCCACCCACCCAUCCGACAACCACCACCUCCCCCACUUGCCCCACUUCACUGUCGUCCUCCUGGCUGCAGCAUGCACGCUGCUCCCCCGCUGCUCCUCAGCCUCCUGCUGCUCCGCGGAUGCUGCUGCGCCUCCGCAGCCGCCGGCAAGGCUCGGAGGCAGGUGUCCAACGACGGCACGGAGCACGUACCGGAAUACACGCACAACAGCGACCGCAAUAACAACACGAUGAAUAAUAACAACAACAACAACAACAGGGCCAAAACAGGUGGAAGAGCAAGCAACUCAGUCUCCUACAGCGCCUCGGAGCUGAGCUGCAGGGAGCUGCGUUCCACCCGCUACAUCACAGACGGAUCCUGUCGCAGCGCCAAGCUGGUGAAAGAGCUGGUGUGCUCGGGCCAGUGCCUGCCCUCACACCUCAUGCCCAACUCCAUCGGCCGCGGGAAGUGGUGGAGGAGUGGCGGCGGGGCCUCGGACUACCGCUGCAUUCCGGCGCACUCGCGGACCCGCCGGGUGCAGCUGCGCUGUCCCGACGGCAACACUCGGACUUACAAGACCCGCAUGGUCACCUCCUGCAAGUGCAAGCGCUUCCGGCCACACCACAACCAAUCCGAAGCCAAGGAGAUCCCGCGGUUGCCCCGUAACAAGAAGCACGGGCGCUCGUCCCAGGACCGGACCAAGAACAACAUGCCGCUGACAGACAACGCGUACUAAAUCUUUCUGGUAGUCUCCCGACAACACACAAACAACCCGAACGAUCUCUCUGUUGGAGAGGACAUGUGAGAGACAUUUCACUCCAGAGCGACUUCAUAAGCAGGAAUGAUUUGAAGUGUUUUUCAGCCAAUCUCAGUUUUCUUUUCUGCAUGACAAACCUUAAAUGGCGGGGCUCGCCACGAGAAGACGUCGCAGCGGGCGCUUGUCCUGAUACAAAGGCAUCUCAAGCGUAGCAAACAUCCUCCCCGCCGGGCCCUCAAAGCCAUCUGUACAAACAUACAACGCUUGCUCCUCCUGCUACAUUUAAGGCCGACAAGAUGCACCAAAGGGGCUGUAAUCCAUCUGCUUCUGACUAGACGGGACACUGGCAGAUCAGGGGGGUGGGGAUGGGGCUCCGAUGAAAGGAUGCUGACAGCUUCGGAAAGAGGCCUGCCACCUCUUCCGCAUUACUUGGAAUUAUGAAUUCUCUGAGCCCACAAACGGACCCAAAAGAAGAGUGAUCCUCCUCCUGCCAUUCUGUAAAUACAACUGCACCAUGAAGACGCUUCACCUUUUUCUUGUGGCCGGGGGGGGGGGCCCUUUAGCAUCGCCCCUGUCAUUGCCCACUGAUUUGAAAGCAUCCUGACAAUGUUUGCAGAUUUUUGGGACUGUUAAAAAUGCGCACCUGGAAAGCAUUUGCCAUUGAUUGUACAUAUCAUACUUGAGUGGUCCCCUCGCCAGACUGGAGGGGGAGGAGGGUGGGUGGGGGAAUUCAGGUGUGAGCGAGUGCCGGUGGGCGGCAAAAGGGGCCAAUUUCCACAAACAGAAGAGUGAACUGAAUAUUUAUUAUUUCCACAUUUAAAUUAUUUAUGCAACCUUUUUUGUAGUAAAUAAUAAUCGCCAUUAUUGUCAUGUAGUAUGAUAGCGCAAUGAAAUACUGUGCAGUACACGAAUAAAGUCAAUGCAGAUAUAUUUGAAAA